AAAAAACAAGGCCAAGGGAGUUCCCAUCGGAAGGGCGAGGAGCCAUCUGGCCACGAGGAUUAAAAAAAGGUAACAGUGCGAAUUCUUUUCACCGACGCGGCCCAGAAUACGGAAGGGUAGCAGUGGAUUUUCAUGUUGCGCGCGUUUCCGAUGUAAUAGUAUAUGUAGGUGCUUGCGAAUAGCCCUGGUUAGAAUCGGCUUGUCCGCUCUCUGCUUGCAAGAGUAGCUCGACGUCGAGAUUCGGGAUAUGAAGUUGUUAAAAUUGGGUUUCGGGAUCCGAAGAGGUGCUAGGCAGGUAUAAUAAAGGGGAUGGGCCUUGAGCCAGUCUAAACCUGCCUAAUAAUAGCCAAUAACACGAGCUGGGUAAGGCGGGGGACAGGUCGGCCGGUUCUCCGAUGUGGCUUGGGGGGCCGAGGAGGGGUAUUCGCGUGGCUAGGGAUGUGGCACAGGUCGAGGUCUGCCCACGGUCGUUAUGUAAUCGUAUGAUUGGAAAUGAAGACCUUCCCAUUUGCUUUUUUCUCCUCAUCCAGGUUUUUGGCAUAGCGGGAGGCUCUCGUCGUCGUCAUACGGAGCCAUGCCGCUCCGGACCCCAGAGUUAUUAUGUAGGGCGCUGCCUAGGCUGGUUCCUAGCCAGCUCGUCUGUCGCCAAUGUCUCCUCCGCCAGCAGCCGCGGGUCGCUCCGUCGCGGGUCCUCCGGCCGCUCCGGCCAGGCCGGCUCCCCCCGCAUGUGCGAUACGCGAGUAGCGAGUCGGCUUCUUCGGCCGUCUCUUCGCAGGCUCGGUUCUCUCGCUUCUUCACCUCCAGCGCUGUCCCGACCCCCGCGGCGGCCGGCGUAGCCGCGCAGGCCGCCGCGCGCGCCUUUCCCGAGACUAGCUCUAGAUCGGUCGCGUACUGGCUGAUCGGCAGCGCCGCCAGCGUCUUUGGCAUCGUCGUCUUCGGCGGGCUCACGCGGCUGACCGAGUCGGGUCUCAGCAUUACAGAAUGGAGGCCCGUCACCGGCUCCCUGCCGCCCGUUACCGAGGCCGACUGGGAGUCUGAGUUCGAAAAGUACCGCGCCUCGCCCGAGUUCCGCAUGCUCAACUCGCAUAUGGACCUCGAUGAGUUUAAAAAGAUCUACUACAUGGAGUGGACGCAUCGGCUCUGGGGUCGCUUCGUCGGCCUUUCUUUCGUCCUACCCGCUGUCUACUUUGUGGCUCGCCGCCGCGUCUCUCCUCGCACAGCUGCACACCUCUUCGGUAUAUCCGCCCUCAUCGGCUUCCAGGGCUUUAUUGGCUGGUGGAUGGUCAAGUCCGGGCUCCGUGACGACCUCUUCGCGCCCGGAUCCCACCCCCGCGUGUCUCAGUAUCGCCUCGCUACCCACCUUGCCGCCGCCUUCGUCUGCUAUUCCUGGAUGCUGCUUGCCGGCCUCCGCAUCCUCCGCACCCACCGCUUGCUCGCCGACCCUGCCGUCGCGUCCAAGGCCAUCGAGGCCUUAAAGAACCCAGUAAUCGCGCCGUUCCGGCGGUCCGUAGCAGCCCUCACAGUCCUCGUCUUCGUGACUGUGCUCUCGGGCGCGCUCGUCGCCGGGCUGGACGCCGGUCUCAUAUACAACGAGUUUCCCAUGAUGGGUGUUGGCCUGACCCCGCCGCGGUCUGAGCUCUGGGAUAAGUUCUACUCUCGUCGGGAGGAUGGGUCCGACUUGUGGUGGCGGAAUUUGCUGGAGAACCCGAGCCUGGUCCAGUUGGAUCAUCGUAUCCUCGCCACGACAACCUUCUGCGCCGUCCUGGCACUGUUCGCGUACUCAAGGACCGGACGGAUCGCGGCGGUGCUCCCCAGGAAUGCCAAGAAGGGCACGACGGGCAUCGUGCACCUGGUGUGUCUGCAGGUCGCCCUCGGCAUCACGACGCUCAUCUACAUGGUCCCGAUCUCGCUCGCUGCUGCGCACCAGGCGGGGAGCCUAGCACUGUUGACGGGAGUUCUCGUCCUUGGCCAUCGUCUACGAGUUCCCAAGUCGACGCUCGCAAUUGUCCAAAAGAGGUUGGCAUCGACAGCCAAGCUGCGGUAGCUCCUGCUCCCGUCCUAUGCGCGGUUUAAUAUCUACGUCAAGAUGUCCCUCGCGGGAUAUAAAUGCCAUAUACUAUAUGUAGGUAGAACUCGACACUUCUCACUUCCACAGAUGAUGAUCACGAACGCUGGGCGCAGCUUGGCCUGACCCGUGUCCGGAUAUCGUAUAAAACGUAGAUAGUAAGCAA